CCCUCCCCUCCUCCCGUGUGUGUGCGCGCCCGCCUUGGGGCGCCUUCAAACGCCUUUUCCACGUCGGCUCCGAUUCCGUCUUCCGACCGUUCCAUACCUACCUACCUACUCGCCUUGGUAGCUAAUUCAUUCUCACCGGGGUCGGGCAUCGAGGCUCGAGUAGUCUUGAUCUUUGAUGCUCAAGAUGCCGCAAGGCUCUCUCCGUCUCCGCACUGCAGCUUGCAGCGCAGCCGGGGCGUUCUCGUCAGCCCAAAGACCGCGUGGUUGCGUUGUUGUCUGGUUUUGCGCUGCAUUGCAUCUCAGCUCGUGCUCGGGUCCUCUGUGCCCCGUGCCCUGGUGCCCUGUGUCCUGGACGGGCGUCAGUCAGGUCGGCCGUCGGGCAGGGUCUGGGGUGCUAGUGGCGACCGUCUGCACCUGUCGAGUCUUCAAGCAGGGCGGCCAGGGAUACAACCGUCCGUCACUGGCGGGGCCCUGUCCGUUGCCGUUGUCGGUCUUCUUUCUCUUCCACUCUUCCUGGGAACCCCAAGGUCCCAAGGUUAGGUUGUGCAAGCUGCACCGCUGCACCUACCCCUGGUCCUGGCAUCCAGCUGUGGGCCCCGACAGGGUGGGAUUCCCCGUCCCAAGGCGUACCGACAGCCCCCAGCGCCAGCUCCCAGCCUCUGCACACUGUCUGUCCGCCGCCCUCCACGCAGCCUCCCCUCCCCGUGCUGGACGCUGGUCAGAAAAAUGCCCCGGGGCGCCGGUUGGUCUGCUGUGCGUUAGCUUCCACCUCGGUCCCCACCCUCGCGGUUCUCUUGUCCACCCACCCAAGGUCGAGAAAGUCUCCAGAGGUACUUCGGUACCCGUGUCAGAAGCGGUACGUGGAGGUUCUGCGCGUCGUCGACGAUGACAAUGUCCCACACUAGACCCCUGUCGAGGAUCUCUCGCCUCUCACACGCACAGGCACA